AUGAGCGGACAGCAAACUAUGCAGCAGGGACACAGCGUGGUGAGGAAUAUUCUUGAUUUUGAUCUUCAACGCAAACACAAACUUGUUGAAAUUUACGACGAUAUUCUUCGACUGGUUGGUGACCUAAGAGGGGAACAACAUCUUUUAGAAGAGCUGACAACUGAAUUCGGAGACUUUCAAAAUGAAAUUCCAAAUUCAAAGGCGAUUUUAUUAGAAGCAGAAUGUCCAAUAGUUAUUGCUGGAGAAACAUCUGCAGGAAAGAGUGGUUUUAUUAACUUAUUGAUUGGUAGCGAUAUUUUGCCGGUGUCAACCUUAGCAUGUACUUCAACUAUCAUAAAAAUCCAUAAUACGAAGGACAGAAAAAUCAUAGUAACUAAUGCAAAUGGCGGCAAAACGCAAAUAGAAUUUAAAACAGAUGAUGAUUCCGGUACGAUCCAAAAAGAAGUUAAGAAGUAUGUUAGCCUCAAAGGAGAAGUUUUGAACUGUAGAUGUGUUGAUAUAUAUCUUCCAUUACCAAUGUUGAAGGGUAAUACUGUGAUAGUAGACACUCCUGGCAUCGGAUCAUUGGAUCAUCCUGAACUGACUGCUCGUCUAUUUGAGUUCCUACCUCGUGCAGUUGCUUUUAUCUACAUUAUUAAUGCAAGUCAUGCAGGUGGCUUGGAAAAAGAUAGGCUUUUAGCAAUAUUUGAGGAACAAAGAAAAUGGAAGCAAAGCGGAAAGUUGAUAGAAUUUGAUGCAUCAAGAACAAUUUUUGUAUGCAACAAAUGGGAUGCGGUUGAAGAUGAAGAAGAUGAUGUCUGGGAUUACAUUAGAAAAAAACUAAAGGAACAUUGGCCUAAUUUUCGAGAAACACAACUGUUUAAACUGAGUGUGAAAAAGGUUAGUAAAUUUAAGAAUUUUGUAACGGAAAAGGGCCAACAAUGA